CAUUCAGUGCUUUCACAACAUCAGAAUACAUGCCAAAUGGACUCAGAUCAGACAGUUACCGUUGCUUUUGAUAUAGAAAGCUCGAGGCUUGUUCAACUCGCACCACCUCCACAAGCUCCCCCUAGAUGCCCACGAUGUCGUAGGACUGGCGUUGAGCAAACCACUCGGCCAUCCAAUAGGAAAGGAAAUGCUGGGCGGGUUUAUUACAAAUGUCAGCCUUGCAAUAAGUUUCUUUGCUUCAUCGACCACCGUGGGAAUGAUCCUUCCAAUCCACCCUGUCACUGUGGGGUUUCGAGCAAAACUCAGAUGGCAGGCCCUGAGAAACGUAUCUCACGGGGGCUACACUAUGUCUGCAGGCUAGGGUGCUGUGAUUUCUAUCAACCAUACAGGAAUGGCCAAGGGCAGCACCUCACUGUUUCUUCCGAUGAUCUUGCCGAGCAUUUGAUCAAGCUUCGUAUCGUAUAAGACGUAUUUGAAGACUGUUUGAUGAAGGUCAUCAAUAUCAUGUUUCAAUCUUUUUCGGAAAGAGAUGAUUGCCGUGUUUCCCCGAGGUUUUUCUAUAAUGUCUCUUUGUCAAAAUAUAUAAGCAUACAUAUAUCUCACAUUACACUCAAUGAAUAACGAAAGGAAGAGAACAGAAUCAUGCAUUCUAUAUGUAGUUACCGC